AUGGUGCUCUCGCUGCCUGUCCCCAGCUUCUCCAGAUCCUCCGCUUCUCCCCCACUCCCCGUUGACGGCACGCCCGCGCCGCAAUCCCGCCGACGCCGCGGCUCAGCUUCAGCCUCCUCGACGAGCUCCUCGUCCAGCCGUAAUGUCUGGAAAUCGACCGGCCUAGCCAGUUCAAGCUCUGCCGCCUCAUCAUCCCCGAACAACAGCCACUCGAUCACGCUGAGCGAGGCCCUGCGCAACAACCCGUUUGGCAGCACGUCGCGCUCCCGCUCGCUGCAGGUGCCCCUCCACGGGGCGGAGGAGCAGAAGCGCGAGCAAGACGAGUUGAAUGCGGCGCUGGAGACGCUCGCCCGGACCUUUCCGGACGUGCGGGUCGAGGUCUUCCGCGAGCUGCUGAUACGCUUUGAUGGCGAGAGCCGGCUACAGGUCUGCGUCGAGCAACUGCUGCGACACAAGGAGAAGUGGGUGGAGGGCCGGUGGAAUAUCCCCGAUGCUCAAGGCGAACGAGAUGGCCAGGAAACCGAUGACCGUGCUGGCGCGCGUGGCCCCGGGAACGAGGAUCUGGUGCCGCCUGAGGAACGCUUCCGGUCCGAGGAGUACAAGGCGGCGGUGCAAGCGAUUUUGGCGAAGGAGUUCGGCAGCCUGAGCAAAAGUACCAUCGACGCUGUGCUAGCCGAGGCGAAUUUUAGCUACUGGCGCGCACGCCCGACGCUGCGGGAUCUCUCGCGCCGCACUUGGCGGGCGACGUUCAAUAAUAUCUUGCCGUUCCGCCGCAAGAAGGAUCGAGACGAUCACCCGCUUGUGACCUGGCAACGUCGUAUGGAUGGCGUGCUUCUGCCUCGGCUGAAGGAGACAGGGUCUGUGGAACUGGAUGCCGAGCUACAUGCGAUUCUUCUGAUGCCGCUGCUGGACCAACGGCGCGAGAACCAGGAGGCCGGCGAUUUCCGACUUGCCUUGGAGCUGAACGAGAAGGAAGCGAAGGCUGCUCACGCGCUGUAUGAAUGCGAGUGCUGCUUUGCCGACGUCACCUUUGAGCAGAUCGCUACAUGCUCGGCGAAUGCGCAUAUAAUCUGCUACAAUUGCAUUCAGCGGACUAUUCACGAGGCAUUGUUUGGCCAGGGUUGGGGCAAGUCUGUGGACUUGGGACACUCAACGUUGAAGUGUCUCGCCCCGCUGUCUGUGGGAGCCUGCGAUGGUUGUCUCCAUCCGCAGAUCGUUGAACAGGCCGUUCUCCUGGACACGGCUGGCUUUGAGACGUAUCGCAAAUUCGAGGAUCGACUGGCGUCGGAAACCCUGCUCAAGUCGCAACUGAAACUCAUCAGGUGUCCUUUCUGCUCCUACGCUGAAGCUGACCCCGUUUAUCAUCCCUCCUCUCGUGGUAUUUGCUGGCGAGUCCGCCGCGACGGAGGCCUCAUCCCCUCAGUCCUCAUGACUCUCCUUAUCCUUGACCUUGUGCCAUUACUUGUGAUUCCUUUCCUAAUCUUCCUUCUCGUGGAUCCAUCCUCUGUCAGUGCUGUCUUCCAAAACGCGAUUAGACACCUUUGCCUGAAAAUACGCCCUAAAAGAUUUACCUGUGCCAAUCCAUCCUGCCGGCGCGUGAGCUGCACAACAUGCCAGAAGUCCUGGCAUGAUCCGCACGUCUGCCACGAGCCGCUCCUUUUGGAUCUACGAGCCACUGUCGAGGCCGCACGCACCGCGGCUGUCAAACGGACGUGUCCGCGUUGCUGUCUCUCGUUUGUUAAGUCCUCGGGCUGCAACAAGCUAACUUGCGUCUGCGGGUACUCGAUGUGCUACCUCUGCCGCAAGGCACUGGGCCCACGUAUCCGACCCGCCCGAGCACGGCACGGGUUCGAUCGGCCUCGCCCCCGGGAUCUCGAUGCUUAUGACGGGCCAAAUGACGACGACAAUGCAUUCGAGGAUGACGCCGGGACCGGAUCCGAGGACGACGAAUUUGAAGAGCCGGAAGGCUACAAGCACUUUUGCGAGCAUUUCCGUAUCAACCCCGGCUCCCGAUGUGUCGAGUGCAGUAAAUGCGAUCUCUAUCAGGCCGAAGACGAAGAAGCGGUUGCCCGUCGCGCGGGCGAAAAGGCCGAACGUGAAUGGCGCCUUCGGCAAGGCGCCACGGCCCCCAGUAGUUCUGUAUCGGCAUUUGAACUCCAAAAUGUGAACUAUGAUCUAUCCGCCGGAGCUGAUGGCCACGGUACCGGCCGUCGAGCAUCGAAUACCUUGUGGGAUCUGCAUCUGACGCCGGGGAAGCCGUGGGGCUAUUGGCUGAUCGAUGUGUGGGCGGAGGGACGGUGGAAAUUAGAGGGACAGGCUCUGAUCGACUGGAUUGUCGAGCGGGUCGUUGUGAUCGAGGACGUCUGA